GAUAACACUUCUCAGAUGCAUUAUGGCGGGUAUUUUGCGACCUCUGGUUCUCUUAGACUUAUUACAAAAUGGCUGACCAGACAUUCUCAAGAUCCAAGCUCAAGAGGCUCAAUCGAAAAGCUAGAGUUGACAAAAUUGGCAAGCAGCUGUGUAUGGAGAAGAAGAGCCUUGAAUGUGCCGAGAAAAAUGUUCAGAAUUGGAAGAAGAAGGCAAUAGAUUAUAAACUGGAACUCAACGUGUAUCGAGCUAAGCAAUUACGGACAGGAACUCUGGGAACAUCCUGCAGUCACCAACGACCACUAAAGUUACUAACAGCAGCCAUGAAGACGAGUGCAAUCAGUCUACCCAAGGCAACUCCAAGAAUGUGUACGAAUGCUGAUAUUAUGCGAGGAGUUACUGUAGUUCCAGAGAUAAGUGAGAAAUGUUUAGCAGAUGGGGGUGGUGAUGUUCAUAUAGGAAAUGGUCGGUUUGGAACAUGCUCUCGUAUGAUUUUUAAAGAGUGUUUUGACGUCUGUGUCAAAACAUUUACUUCCGACUCCUCAAUCGAAUCGAUUAGGCAUGAAGCCAGUAUAUUACUUACAUUAAAUUCCAGCCCUUAUAUACCACACUGUUUUGGUAUUUGUUCCACCAGGAGAGCUUUAGUAAUGUCUAAUGUAAGCGUGAAGCAGCAACAAGUUUCAUUAUAUUCUGCCUUGUAUUCGACUAACGAAAUUAAAUUAAGCCCUAAGACAUGGAUGCAAAUACUGAUCCAAAUUUGUGAUGGUCUAUCAUACAUGCACAAGCUGAGUAUUCUUCACAAUGAUCUUAAAGUAGACAACGUAGUAUUAGGGACUACUUUGUUAGAAUGUAUCCGGCCAUGUAUUGUGGAUUUUGGAAAGGCAUGUAAAGAAAAGCAUGCUAAGAAGUACUGCCUGACCGAGGAACAGAAAGUUAUUUACAUAAAAGAACACACUCAAGUAGCUCCAGACCUCCGCGAUGGGCUUGUUUUACAGAGCACACAGAGCGAUAUAUACUCAUUAGGUAGAAUAAUGAAGAAGAUGAACUCCAUUGUAAUUAAGUCAACUGAACUUGCCCAUGUAAUUAAGGAAUGUCUUUCUUAUCAUGCUCAUGACCGUCCUAGCUUAGAAACCAUUUCUCUUAAUGUUGAAUGACUAUGUGACUAAUUAUGUCUUACAUUCAUUCGUUCAUGUUUAAAUCUGGUGCUAGCUUUAACUAUGACAUAGUCUAUGUAUAAUUGUAGGCAAAUCCGUGCUCUCUAAUGGAAGGCUGACAAGGUUAGCUGUAAGUCGGGAUGCGUGUUGACCCAGCCAUUUGUUUGAGAGUCAUUAAAAGCAUUAUGGUAGAGAAUUGGCCUGAAGCAGUUAGUUAUGAGUCACAUAGUGCGUAUUGGCUGCUCAGGUUGGGCCAUGCAUGCAUUAACAAUUAACAAUUAACAAUGAUCAACAACGUUUUUUCACCAGAUUUACACAUACAAUUUCAGAUAGUAGUCUAGGUGACUCUAACAUUUCACCAUUGCUAUUUCUAUAUGUUUUCGGUCCAUACUUAAUUCUAGGACAUACUACAAUAGGAAAAUCUACUGUGCAGCCAUUGCCAUAUCUAUCAUACAAAAUAUACCAACUACCUAUAAAAUAUUCAUCGUUAAAAUCAGUUUGUUGAAGUUGGAGCUUUCCGCGGGUCAUUUGGGUUCCUCGAUCUUUAAAUAGGUAACGAAAUACAUCUAGCCGGAAAUCUAUAGUUAAAUUACAGGAUUUUACAGUACCUAAAUUUAAACUACAUUGAAUGGACAGAACAAAUCUUCUUGUUGCGUCGCUUAUAAGCUCGGUAUG